ACGAAAAUCAACAUAAACCUCGUUUUGUGCGCUCCAACAACUUUAAAAUUGUUUUCCAAAUAAACAACAUACACAAUCAUGGCAGUAGCAGCUGCAGCCAAGGUGCAAGAGGUUCGAGAGAUCACUAGGAUCGAGAGGAUCGGGGCUCAUUCGCAUAUUCGUGGUUUGGGACUGAACGAUAGCUUGGAGGCCAGAAAUGUUUCCCAAGGAAUGGUUGGUCAAAUGUCAGCCCGCAGAGCUGCAGGUAUUGUUCUGCAAAUGGUUAAAGAGGGAAGGAUUGCAGGUAGAGCAGUUUUGUUGGCUGGCCAGCCAGGCACUGGUAAAACUGCGAUAGCAAAUGCAUUGGCCUCAUCCCUCGGUGCUGACACUCCGUUCACGAGCAUGGCUGGCUCAGAGAUCUUUUCUCUUGAAAUGAGUAAAACUGAAGCUCUGACACAAGCGAUAAGGAAAAGCAUAGGUGUUAGAAUCAAGGAGGAAAGUGAGAUAAUUGAAGGUGAAGUAGUUGAAGUGCAAAUUGAGAGACCCGCGACUGGAGAGGGAAACAAAGUGGGCAAAUUGAUUUUGAAAACUACAGACAUGGAGACUGUUUACGAUCUCGGUGGUAAAAUGAUUGACAGUAUUCUCAAGGAAAAAGUUCAAUCAGGAGAUGUCAUUACUAUUGAUAAAGCUACAGGUAAAAUCACUAGGCUUGGACGUUCAUUUACAAGGGCUAGAGAUUAUGAUGCCACUGGUCAACAGACGCGUUUCGUUCAAUGUCCCGAAGGAGAAUUGCAAAAGAGGAAGGAAGUCGUGCAUACAGUAACGCUGCAUGAGAUCGAUGUAAUCAACAGCAGAACGCACGGAUUUUUGGCAUUGUUUUCAGGUGAUACGGGUGAAAUAAAACCAGAGGUGAGAGAGCAAAUAAAUGGCAAAGUGGCAGAAUGGCGAGAAGAGGGUAAAGCUGAAAUUAUACCUGGAGUUUUGUUCAUUGAUGAGGUGCAUAUGUUGGAUAUUGAAUGUUUCUCUUAUCUAAAUAGAGCAUUGGAAAAUGAGAUGGCUCCAAUUGUGAUGAUGGCUACGAACAGGGGCGUCACUCGUAUCAGAGGGACAAAUUACAAAUCUCCGCACGGAAUACCUUUGGAUUUGUUGGACCGUUUGAUCAUCGUUCCCACCACACCUUACGAAGAGAAAGAGCUUAAAGAAAUAUUGAGCAUUCGAUGCGAAGAGGAGGACUGCCAAUUAUCCGACGACGCGUUAACGGUAUUGACGAAAAUCGCUUUGGAGACUUCCCUGCGAUACGGAAUCCAACUCAUAACGACUUCCAGUCUGAUUUCGAGAAAACGAAAAGCGCCCGAAGUCGAAGUGGAGGACAUUAAAAGAGCGUACGAGCUAUUCUUCGACGAGGGACGUUCCGUUCAGUUCCUGAAGGAGUACCAGCAAGAGUUUAUGUUUAAUGAGAGCAGUGUUUCAGAUGACGCCGAUAUGGAUAUUAAUUGAAUUUGCUGAAGAGAGAAUCCAACGUUUUUAUUUUCAAGUACUUUUUUUUUAAGCACGUUAACUGUAUUGAUCCGAAUUUGAUACUGAUGUUUCCCAGUUCAUUUACGAAAUCCUUUACAAGCUUUAUCUUCACUCUUUAUAAUAAAUUGAUAUAAACAACAA